AUGGUCCCGGCCGGCCGCCCCCGGCCCCCGCCGCUGCUCCGCCGCGGCCGCGGCGGCGCGGGGAAGGGACCGGGCACAGGGGCCGGGGCUGGCGGCGCCGGGUCGCUCCGGAUGCUCGGCGGGGACCGGCGGCCGGGGAGCCGGCAGGUACGGCCGCUGCCGCUCGGGGGCUCCUUCGUGCCCUCCCCGGCUCCCCCCGCCGCCCCCCGGCCGCGGACCCCGGCUGGGCGCGGGGCUGAUGCAACACCCCCGGCCGGCAGCGCAGGCUGCGGGGGGCUGAUGCCAGACCCCCUGUGCCCCUGGGCAGGUGCAGGCAGCGGCGGGCAGCAGCGGGCAGGCAGCGGCGGCUCCGUGCCCGCCGUUCCCGGGGCCCGGCGGCGCGGGCGCUGCUGCGCGCUCCCGCCGCCGCCCGCAGUGCCGCCGCAGUGGUGCAGCCGCCUCACAUUUCUCUCGCUCAGCAGCGCCGGGGCCCGCCGGCCGCAGCGCCUGACGCCCAGCACACCCCCUCCCCGCCCCGCAUCCCCUCCCCGCACGCCCCCUCCCCGCCCCGCACCCCUUCACCGCCCCGCACGGCCCCCUCCCCGCACACCCCUCCUUGCCCCGACCCACUGCCCCGGUCCCACACAUCCCGUUCCCCACCCCACAGCCCCUCUCGCCCCGCACCCGCUCUCCCCGCGGCCCCGCUCCCUCUCCCGCCGCCGGCCGGGCCCCGCGGGUCGCUCCGAGGGGCCCGCGGUGACUCAGCAGCAGCAGCGCCGCUGGAAGCGGCUCCGCGGCGCCGGGGCCGCGGCUGUGGGGCAGCGUCGGGGAGGGGGCCCUGUCGGCAGCCCCUGCAGCCCCCGGGGCUGGGAAGAGGUCGGACAGCCGGGAAUUCCCCUACCACUGCUUUUUCCCACUGCCAAAUCAGCCGUGCAGCCCACACUGUCCCCUGGGAUCCAUGGCCACGGCUGUCGGGGGAGCAGAGGGGGCCCCUGA